AUGUCCCAUGCUCAAAAGAACAAGGGACACAAGAAUGUGAUGAGAAGGAUGUGCCCGAAUUUCGACCGGGAAGACUUCCUAGAGACGGUACUUGAGGUUCCAAUCCCUGAGGAAAUGUUCGCCGGCCUCGGCAACAGUGUGGCGCUGAGGUGGCAAAACAUGGCCACGUGGAUGAAGGCCCAAACGCCUGACAAGUGGUCUUCCCCUAUCAUCGCAGCCCGCUACAAUGAGAUGAGCUUCCUUCUCUACAUUGUGGGCUCCCCUCUCAUACCCUUCCAAGUCGAGGAAGCCUCGACCGCUAAGUACAUCGUUCAGCAGUACGUAGCGGCCACAGGCGGCCAGGCGGCCCUGAACGCCGUGAACAGCAUGUGCGUGAUGGGUCAGGUCAAAAUCGGCGCCUCCGAAUUUCACCAAGGCAACGAAAACGUCAAGGUCAGAAGCAGCGAAGAGUCUGGAGGUUUCGUUUUGUGGCAAAAGAAUCCCGACAAGUGGUGCCUCGAGCUUCUCAUCUCCGGCUGCAAAGUCAUCUCCGGCAGCAAUGGCAAAAUUUCAUGGAGACAAUCUUCCAACCAACGGAGACCGAUCUCGAUGGGCCAACCGAGACCUCUACGCCGAUUCUUACAAGGUCUCGAUCCGCGGGCCACGGCUAAUCUCUUCAUAGACGCCGUGUGUAUAGGGGAAAAGAUCAUAAACGACGAGGAUUGUUUUAUACUUAAGUUGGACGCGAGCCAGUCGAGCUUGGAGGCCCAAAGUGGGCCCAAAUACGAGAUAAUCCACCACACGGUUUGGGGUUACUUUAGCCAGAGAUCUGGAUUGCUCGUGAAAUUUGAGGAUUCAAGGUUGCUUUCGGUGAAGACGAGCAAGGAGGAUGGGGACGUGUUUUGGGAGACAAGCACUGAGUCGGUGAUCGAGGAUUAUAAGUAUGUGGACGGCGUGAAUAUCGCGCAUAGUGGGAAGACGUUCUUCACGGUUUUUAGAUACGGGGAGCAGUCGGCGAACCAUAAACGGGAGCUGGAGGAGUCGUGGAAGUUGGAGGAGGUCGAUUUUAACGUGUCGGGUUUGAAGACCGAGUUUUUUAUGCCGCCUACUGAGUUUCGACAGUGUAAAUGAAAGGAAGUGAGGGUCCUGCAUGGGAUUAUGGUCUUGUUUUGUUUUGUUUUGUGUUACAUCUGAGAACUAAGUUUUGCUUAUUGAACGUAGAUUGAAUUUACUUUAGCCUAUGGAGUUGGUUUAGUGUAGUUUGAAGUCAUCUUGGCUUUAUCGGUGUGAGAGCGAGCUUGAGAUAUUAUUUAGCUGCACCUUCUAAUUAAUGAAGGAAUCUUGCGGUUUCCAUCUUUGUUUAUUUAGUACUUUGUGAGGAGUGGAGAUUGACGACAAACUUAUAUCUCACUGGUUGUUCGCAAUAAGCAAAUGGAGAGAAGGAUGUAGAAUGCUAUCAUUAUUGUCUUACUUGCUAUAGUUUAGCUAGAAUUUUCAUAGUUGAUGUUAAGUCGGUUUGUAAACGACAUCUGGUACUCCAAAGUAAUUGCACAUAUGUUCGA